GGUCUCUCCUUCAUCCAGACCUUUGGCGAUCUGUCUAUUAAUCUGUGGUCACGUCACGUCGCGUCUGGUUCAUCCACGUAUCCGUCGUCGUCGUCGUCGUCGUCAUUAUCAUCACUGUCAACGUUCGCGAUCUCCUGUGUCUCGGACACGUUGGCAUCUUGGCCGUUGCAUCGCACAUCCGGGCGUCGCCAUGGACCACGUCGGCCUGCUGCUGCAGCACUCGCAAUACGUGUACGCGGUCCCAGUGGGUAUCGUGCUGAUUUUUGCCAUACUCGUGUUUGCCUUCGGUUUCAAGAAGGCCGAGCAACCGCCGUUCGCCCAGCUGUCCGCAGGCUCCGACGUGGACCGAAAACUCGCCAGGAAGCGUGGCAAGGUCCGCGAGAAGAAAGCUACUAAUGGACAGAUUGCAUCUGAGAAAACAAGUCCAGCUAAAAAGACAUUAGCUGCAAAGGUGGAAGUUCCAAAGAAAGGUACAAAAGGAGAUGAUGUUGAUGGUAAGCUAAAGGAACGCAAGCAAGAAGAGAACAAGAUCACCACGACUAAGAAAGAGAAGGAGCAGGUCUCAGCUAAGAUUGGGAAAGAGAACAAAGUGGAGCAGGUGAAGAACAAGAAGAAUUUGAAGAAUUUAUUCCAGGAAAAACCUGUGGACUUUGACGACGGAGACUGGGAGCAAGCCUAUUCUCGUAAGGACAAGAAGAAUAAGAAGAAGGAGGAGGAAUCCCCUUCGAAGAAAAAUAAGAAAAUUUCUAAGAAGGCUGAUUUAAUAAAUGAGGCCAAGCAAAAGGAGCAGGAGAAGCCCGAAAUCAAAGAUAAGACUGCUAAAGAAACAGAAAACAAGGAACUCAAGGAGAAAGAGAAGAAAGAAGUAAUUUUGACACCUAUCUCUGAUGUAGAGAUAGAUAAAGCCAAAGAACUUGAUAAAGAAGAACAGAACAAGGUCGAAAAAGUCGAGAAGGAAGAAAAAAAAACUGGAAAGUCAAAGAAAAAUAAGAAGGUUUCUGAAGGUGAAAAUACACCCACUUCGGUACCAUCCACACCAAAGUCGGAUAAUAAGCCUGUUGCAGAAGAACCGCAAAAACAGCUGGCUAAUUUGGAAAAAGUAGCCACAAAUAAUGAAGAGAAUAAAAUGGUAGAAAGUAAAGAGAAAAUUGCUGUGUUCGACGAAUUGGGAGACGUCUGGACAGAAGCAAAACCUCAGAAAAAAAGUAAAAAAAAGGCUCGUAAGGAUAACUGAGGAUGAUUAUAUGCAACGCUAAUGAUAUUAUUCCUUACGAAAGGGAAUAGAGUGAUAAUCGUCCUGCUUGGUCCAAAGGGCGUUUAUCGCUUUCGACAAAUCAGGUGUGUUUUAUGACUUAAUAAUCGCGACCAUCUGACCAAAAAUCGUUCCUUUCUCAUUGUACAUAAUAGUAAUUGGACUAGAUUGUUCAAUUAAUUAUGAUUUUUUUAGUUAGUCAUGACUUCCAGGUCGCGUGACAGCGCUAUAUAUAGGAUGAAGAUUUUUUUUGUACGUUUUUCAUUUCUCUUAGUCCAUCUUAUAUCUUGCAUUUAAUGAGAGUGGCAUAAGUCAUAAUUAUCAUUAAUGAGAUAAUUCUUGUACACAUAUUAACUUCCUUAGGUACCUUUACAUAUGUCCAUAAUAGCAUAUUAUUUCAUUUAUGUAAUUAUAGAACUAUAUGUACAGUGGAUCUGUAUCAUGAAGUUGUGUAAUGGUUAAGAAUGGUACUUAGACCAUUUAUGUCUCUUUUGUUGAGUAAUCUUAUAAAGAAGAUUUGUAUAAUCGUAUUAUUUCUACUUUAAGAAAAAAAAUGUACGCAUUGUCGUCUCGCUGUUACUUAAGAAUCGGUUUUAAUUUUCUCAUAUGGAUGGUUGAGGGCAAAAUGCAAAAAGUACAUCAACAGAAUAUUCCAGUGAUAUUCAUAAUGCAGGACAAUCUUCGAAAGUGGUAAACUUAUAUUACUGAUGUAUCUUAUAAUAAAGUGUCUCGUAUUUUUCUACAUAAUUAGUCGCUAAUGAUAGAUUAUUUUUUGUUUCAAAGAACAGAGAGCAUCGAGAAUCUAUCUGGUAACAAUUAGCGCAUUCUUAACACGUUCUCUUGUUAAAUACAUCAGUAAUAUAAGUUUCUUGGAAUGGUAUAAAUGACAUCACAUAUGGUGGCAUCCAAUUAUGCCAAUGUGAUAACGACAAUUAAUAACUUUAAAUUCUGAUUUAUGCCAAUAUAUACAUUGGUGUGUGCAAUGUAAAUUUACAAAGAUAUAUAAAAAUGUUAAAAAUUUUGAGAAACAAGAGCUAUGUAAUAUAUUUUGCGAUAAUUUACAAAUAAUUCACAGAUUUGUUAAUUAAUGCUGUUGUAUAUUUCAUGUCUAUGAAAAUGAAACAAUAUAUGAACUCGAAAAAAUUUA